AUGUCUCAACAUGUGUUGAAUAUAUUACAGAAUCUCCUUACCUGUUUACGGUCGUAUUGUUCAAUUCGAUAUGUGAUUAGAUUUCUACCGAAUGGUUCAUUAGCUCCAAGAUUAGAUAUUUAUUAUAAUAAUAAUCAGAUUCUAUGUGGAACAACUACUCUGCAUUAUGAUAAUGAUGAUUGUGAUUGUAAUUGUUCACUAACAGAUUCAAAUGUGUUGUAUACCUCAAGUUCUGCAGAUUUUGAUGUUGAUGACGAUGCGUACAAUGUUGUUGGUCGUAAAGCACUGCAUUUAAGUCCUAUACCGAAGUAUGCUGCAUCCAGUUGUCUAACAGUCAAAAGACGAGUUCCUGCUACACACUGUUCUUCUUCUUCUAUACAGUUGAAUACCAGUUCUCAGCAUCCUGAUGUCCCAGUUUAUUAUAUUGGUUCAUUUUCAAAUGUACACACCAGUUCACCGAAUUUACCAUCAAAACCUGUUCAACCUUCUCUACGCCAGAAUAACGAUGAUGGUAAAACGUCGUUGCGCACAACUGAGUCAGUAAUCAGUCAAACAAAACGUGGUCGAAAAAAUCAUUAUCGAAGAAAUAUGAAAGGAAGACGAUUGGGAGGAGGAGAAGUAGGAGGAAAACUCUCAAGAACAGCUGCUGCUACUACCAGCAGUAUGCACGAUAGUACUUCAUUUACAGACUCUGAUGACGAUGAUGCAUUUUCCAAGUGUCAUUCCACAAAAGCCGCCUCCCAAUCAAAUCGUAUCUCUCAGUUAGAAGCAGAACUGUCCAGGUUAAGAUCACAAAUUGCCCAGUUAAUAUUAGCUCAAGAAAUGGGUAGAUCAAGUGUAUCUGAUGCAGAUCAAAGUGGUCUACUGCAUCGUCCUGAUGCAGAUGGUGAAAGUGAUACCGGUCGAUCGGGUAUUGCAAAACAGGAUGAAACUAAAGUGUAUAAUAAAUCAGAAGUGGCUAACAACAAUUCAACUUCAGUUUCAUCAAUAGCGCCACCACCGCCGCCGCCACCACCUCCCCCUCCUCCACUUCCACCUAUGAUGUUAUCAACUGCGGUGGAAGAAACAAGUCGUGGUAAUUGGAGGGAUCAGUUACAGGAGAAGUUAAGGGGUAAAAAGAAUAAUUCUUCAGAUAAAGUCUCUACACCAUUAAAAGGCAGCCUUUCAGCAUCCCAACAUUCUGGCAGUGGUUGUGGUGGUGAUAUGUCCAGUGUUUUAAAGGAACUACAGACUGGAUCUAUUAAAUUACGUACAGUUCCAAGAUCACCUGGAGGUACGCCAAUAAGACAAAAGAAAUCCCCCAUCCACAGUGGCUCUGAUCCAUGUGCUAUUAUUGCUAGAGCAUUACAGGCGAAAUUUUCACAUCUACGUUCCUUAAUGGAUAAUUCAGUCAGUGAUGAAGAGAACACUUCUCAGUCUAAAAUUCCUUUGGACUCUGGUCUUGGACCUGGAUGCGAUGAUAUUUGGUCGCCUAAACGUAAAACCAAUGAUUCUCCUCUUCCGCCGCCGCCUCCUCCUCCCCCCACUCCUUCACUGCCAUUCGGUCAGCACAUGCUUCGUUCUGUCAACCGCCAAACAAAUGCGUUCCAACAAAACUCCGGGAGUAUGAAUUGA